AUGUCUUACAAGCCCACCGAGCACGACGGAAAGACCCUCUCCGGUGAACCCGACAAGCGAGUCUCUUCGGAACACGGAUUCGGAGGAUCUGACGGACCCGACCCUCACGUCGAAGGACAAAAGGGAGGAAAGGCUUCCGGAGGAGGAGGUGCUGGAUCUGGUGGAGAAGCUUACAAGCCCACUGAACAUGGUGGAUUGAAGCAGGAUGGAACUCCCGACAAGCGAGUCUCGUCCGAGCACGGAUUCGGUGGAUCUGACGGCCCCGACCCCCACGUUGAGGGACAGAAGGGAGGAUCCAAGUAG